UUAUUUCUUGUUAAUUAAUCGCAUAUCUAGCAGAUAAUGUCGAAUUUUGAUCUCAAUUCUAUUACGAAAGCUUUAGAGGCAGCUCCUACUAAAACCGGUGUUAGUUUUUUGGGCAAAGCGCUGAAAUGGGAGACUGAAGCUGGCGCAAAAGAAUUGAUUGAUGCCAUUGAAGCAUGUGCCAACCUGCAAUUUUUGAACCUGGAGGGCAAUACGCUCGGUGUGGGUGCGGCUAAUGGGAUAGCGAAAGCUUUAGAGAAGCAUCCCGAACUGAAGGAAGCGCUGUGGAAGGAUUUGUUUACCGGUCGGAUGAAAACGGAAAUUCCGAUAGCCCUGAAGGCACUCGGACGGGGCAUGAACGUAGCUGGGGCACAGUUAACCGUGCUGGACUGUUCGGAUAAUGCUCUUGGGCCGAACGGAAUGACCGGUCUGGUCGAUUUACUGCAAAGUUCUACGUGCUUCACGCUGCAGGAGCUGAAACUGAAUAACUGUGGCUUGGGAAUCGCUGGUGGAAGGAUGCUGGCCGAAGCUUUACUUGCAUGCCACGCGGCCAGUUUAAAGAAAGGAAAACCACUAGCUUUGAAGCUGUUCAUUGCUGGUCGCAAUCGGUUGGAAAAUGAUGGUGCCAAAGCACUGGCAAAGGUAUUCGGGACACUCCAAUCGUUGGAACAUGUUGAGAUGCCACAAAACGGUAUUUACCCUCCGGGGAUAACGGCACUAUCGGAAGCGUUUAUGAAAAACGCAAAUCUCAAAGUGUUGAACCUCAACGAUAACACGGUUUGUCCGAAAGGUGCCGCUGCCCUGGCCGAAGCGAUUUCCGAUUUGCAGUGCUUAAAGGAACUAAACUUUGGCGAUUGUUUGCUCAAAACGAAAGGAGCAAUGCUGCUCGCCGAAGCCGUUCAAGAGCUGCACACCGACAUAGAAGUGCUAAAUUUUGGGUUCAAUGAAAUUGGCCCAGAAGGCGGUUAUUCACUGGUGAAUGCUACGUAUAACAAGGAUAACCUGAAGUCACUCAUCUUGGACGGUAAUCAAUUCGGCCACGAGUGUCGGGAGCAGCUGAAGGAAAAUCUUGACGAGUAUGGACGCUUGGACGCUCUUGGGCAGCUGGUUGACGACGAUUCUGAUGGAGAAGAGGAAGAGAAUGACGACGACGACGAUGAUGAUACGGUAGAGGAGGAGGAGGAGGAUGUGGUAGAGGAAGAAGAAACGGAAGGUGAAGAGAACGAGGCUGGUGAAUCUGACCAAGCAGAAGCGGACGAGUCAUACUCCAGUCAAGAUGCCUCGUUUGAACCAGAAAUCAAAGACUUGCUGUGCCAGAAACAGAAUAACACGAGCACGAUUGAUUUGGAUCAGUCAAUUCCCAACACAGUGGAACACUACUGUCGUACGAAUUUCCCUUCCGAGACCAUGUUCCACGCGUUACAGGAACCCAACAAGGUGGAAGCUUUUCGGCAGUAUCUUUCAUCCAUUCCAUCCGAGGACUAUUUGAUACAUUUGGCAUUCACUAUUCUCAAGCUGUCAGAGAUUUCCGAAAAGAGCAGCGAAGCGCUGGAAGUUUCCGAAGCUCUUCUUACCGAUGCAUACGAUUAUGCACGGAACAAUAAUCGAUUGAAAAGCCUGCGUAACUUCUUGCUCAUUCAACUCGGACUGCUGAAGUGCGAAGACAGCAAAUUUAAGCCCAGCUACAAUGUUCAAGGGUGUCGCUACGCUCUAAAGAAUGCCAUUGCCAAAAACAUCGUUCCCGAGGACGAACAGAACUACUUCAAGGUCUUUCUUGAACAUCGCGGCUAAAAACUGUUUGACUCUUGAUUUUUCUUUGUUAGUGUGGUUUUAUGCUAAGAAUUAUUUAUAUCCUAUUGAAAAUAUGGACGUCUCAAUCAAAUGUGGCUUCUGAUGAAAUAAACUACA